GUGAGCGUGUGAGCGCCGUGGUUGUGUUAUAGUUGGGCAGCAGCUCGCUGUAGCAGGGCGCUUACAGUCAUGGCGCGACUAGCGCGAGGGAGGCUGGCAGCCGAGCGGUACGCGGAGAGCAUACAAGUCACCACGAUCGCAGCUCUGUGUGCGCUUGUGGGAGGGGAAGACCUAUUCAUCGUUCUUGGGACGUACAGCUUACUGCGCUGGCAGAUGUACAAGCAGCUCGUGGCAGCGACAACGAUCGAGGGUAUCCGGUUCGACUACUUCGAGAGAAUCGGAGGAUUCGACUUCAAGGAGCUGUUGAGGUUCGAGAAACCUCACUUCCUGGACCUGUUGGGCGCACUCCAGCUACCGAAUACGUUCGAAGUGUCGCGUUGGGGAUAUGGAGUUCAGAGGGUUCCAGCGAGGCUGGCGUUCGCGGUGACACUGUGGAGGCUGGCGGCACCGAGGACUUUGAUUCGCGACAGGAUCUUUUGGGGGAUGUCGGAGACGCUCAUAUGCGAGAUCUUCAACCUAACAAUCGAGGUAAUCUUCGAACGCUGGGGUCAUCUUGUGAAUGACUUGCAAGUAGACGCCAUCCUUCCUAGAAUCGAUUCGUUCUGCGAGGCCAUUGCCGGCCGCGGGUCACCUCUCACUAGGUGCUGGGGAUUCCUAGAUGGAACUAUUCGUAAGAUUGCUCCUCCUUGGCAAAAUCAGAGGAUUUACGAUAACGGAUGGAAGCGUGUACACUUAUUGAAGUAUCAGGCGGUAGAUUCCCCGGAUGGCAUCACCCGUCAACUUUGGGGUCCUGUGCUCGGUAGGCGCCAUGAUGUGACGUUGCUGGGGCUAAGUGGGCUGUUGGAGACGCUGAUGCAGUCAUUCAAUGAUGCGGCGGGUGUACCGUACUACAUUUACGGCGACCCAGCAUACCAGGUAUCCCCAUGGCUGAUGGCACCAUUUAAGGGCUUGUUGUCUGUUGCCAAGGUGGCAUUCAUCAGGGCCAUGAGUAGAGUCAGGGUGGCUGUCGAAUGGGGCUUCGGCCGGGUCGUGGCGUUGUGGCCUUACGUCGACUACGUGAAGAAGCGGCAGGUGGCCCUCAGCGCAUGCGGUCUUGGAAGGCAGUACGCGGUGGCUGGUAUCCUGACGAAUUGCCCCUGCUGUUUCAACCUAAACUCGACAGCGAAAUUAUUUGACCUUACCCCCCCUUCCCUCCAAGAAUACCUUUCGGGAGAGGGGUGACAACGUGUGUCUAAUUUGCAUGGGACUGAUGCAGGAAGUAGCUACUGUAGUUGGCACCGCACGUCCCGUACCAUCCUGCAAAUGGCCAUACUGUAUCGACGUCAGGUAGAGGGGUUAACAUCAAGCUGCGUUUCGUUCAGAUUAUUUGGGUUACCUCACGGCUUCAAAGUGAUAACAGCGGGGGCUAGGGGUUAAGACCUUGGCUGCCUAUUGCGCUUGUUUUCACCAAUUAUUGUAGGGGGGUAGAAGUCCCGUUGUACGGUCGAAUUCCCCUGAUAAUGCGAACCCCCGUAAUGUUGUCUCGGGAUUAUUUCGUGGUUGUUCCUGUGGGCCGGAGCGUUGGAGGGGACCUGUAUGUCUUCCUGUUUGUUUCCUGGGUUUUCUCUUCAUUUUCUAUUUAUUUGCCUUCCUCGUUGUUUCUUCCUGUUAGACCGAGGUCGAUUGCCUGUAUCCGGGUUAGUUUUUGUUUGGUUGUCCUUUUUUGUUUGGGCAGAAAACGGAUCGUGCCUUGGAGGAAUUUUGUUGUGUCCAUUGUGAUGUCUUUAGAAUUUCAAAAAAAGGUGUACCCCGUUGGGGGGUAGUUGGCUUGUGGUCACGGGAGGCGUCCGCGUCAGUUGGACCAGUACGAACAUUAGAAGGCACCGAGUGAGGCCUUUGCGUUUGGUCAU